GAGCUGAGAGCGGAGUAACAAAGACAGAGUGGGCGAGAGAGGAACGCGAGGGCCGAGGCACACCAUCGAGUAUCAACCAGCUGGUUGGCAAGGCAGCCGCGAGCAGUCGCCAGUGAGACGCGGUACCCCGCGAGGGCUUUCGUCGUUUGUUCGUUCGUCUAUACGUGUGUCUAUAUGUCCGUCAUCUCCCUUCCGCUUAAACCUAUCGUGGUCGUGCGUACGUUCAUUCGUUCGUCCGGUCCGUGUGUGGUGCGUCUCCCUUCGCUUGCUUUCAACGACACUUGCCACCGGUCGCGACUAUCGUCUCUGUGUCAAAGUACAUCUCUGUCUAACUUUAUCUCUCUCUCUUCGUUUCUCUUGGCGUGCCCGACCGAAAAGACAAGAUGGCUGCCGACUCAGGAAUGGAGACGUGUCCCUCCUCGGAGAUUGCAGACUCCAGGAAGCGGCCGCUCGAUUGUGACGCGGAAAAUGGCGCGACGAAGAGGUCUCAUUACGGAACAGGGGGAGAUGGAACAUAUUACCUCAAAGUAUUGGUCCCUGGCGUGGCUGCAGGAGCAAUUAUUGGAAAAGGAGGAGAAACAAUUGCCCAAUUACAAAAAGAUACAGGGGCUAGGGUCAAAAUGUCCAAAUCUCAUGAUUACUAUCCAGGAACAACAGAGAGAGUAUGUUUAAUUACGGGUAGCUUGGAAGCCAUAAUGCCAGUUAUGGAUUUUAUUAUGGAUAAAAUUCGUGAGAAACCAGAUCUCACAUUGAAGACAACUGUUGACUUUGAAUCAAGAAAAACCACUGUAGAAAGGGACAAACAGGUAAAAAUUUUGGUACCUAACAGCACUGCAGGAAUGAUAAUAGGUAAAGCUGGAAAUUAUAUUAAGCAAAUAAAAGAAGAAUGUGGCUCGUAUGUUCAAAUAAGUCAAAAGGCAAAAGAUGUAUCCUUGCAAGAAAGGUGUAUAACAGUAAUUGGAGAGAAAGAAAAUAAUCGUAAUGCAUUAAUGAUGAUAUUAGCAAAAGUGGCAGAUGAUCCACAUAGUGGUACAUGUCCAAAUGUUAGCUAUGCAGAUGUCAGUGGCCCUGUAGCUAAUUACAAUCCCACAGGCAGUCCUUAUGCUCAAACACCUACGAAUACUCCCACAUAUACUUCCACAGCUGGUAUUAAUACAGUGAGUCUCUUGAAUGGUGCUGGGCUAAGCUUGAACUUGAAUUUAGGAGCUGCAAUUACAGCGGAUACAGCACCAGUGACAACGCAGUUGUUGGAACAUAUAAAAUUAAAUUUACGAACAGCUGGUUUUUCGGAACCCGCAGCUAGCGAAAUUUUGUCUGCUAUCGCGACACUUACUAAAUAUAAUCUCCUCGGAAUGGGAAUUGGAAUGACUUCUAGUAUGAGUUACCUUGGAAAUCCUAUGGAUAGCACUACAACUGCAAAUGGUUCGAAUAAUAAUGGCGGCGUAUUUGGGCCAAUUGGAACAGUUCCUGCUCUUGGAUCUACGUCUCCUACACCACGUAAUACACUUGACAGAUACGAGCCCUUUGAUCCAUUCAGACAAAACAACACAGCUGCCAGUGCUAUUCAUCUAAACAACAAUUCGUUUGGCCUUGGCACUAACCAGUUAUCACUUGGAAAAUAACUCGAUGGCGAAUAAUGGUUGAUCAGCAAGGAGAAAUGGAGGAACGAUUGGACGGGGUUUUGUUCGUAUUGUAACGAAAAUGUCGAUGUUAAGUGUGAAAUUAUAUCAGGAUCGGAUGUCUCGGUCCAUUUUCCAAUGUUAUCGCUUGGAACAGAAAAAUAAUAAACUCUCCUUGCAUCAUCGAUAAGAAAUGAACCGAUAAACUUGUACAAGCCAUAGAGAUCAGCCAGUCUAAUAUAAGUAUUUCCUUUAGCGGUUUAUAUACAUCUGUACAAUAUUAGUAUUUUAUAAAUAUCGUAAAUGUUACGGGGCUACGGUUCGUAUGUGUUCACCGGUUUGCGGGAUGAUAACGCGAUUAGGGGAGGGAUCGAUCGGUCGGGGUGAUCGCGGGAUCGAUGGCGGGAAAUUGCAUGUGGGCAAACGGGGGGGCAGAGAUGAUCGAUCGUAUGCGUUCGUUCUGAUUGUUUCGUGUUGACAGAGAUACUUUUAUAGAGUUUACCUGUUGCAUUAUUGCGUUAAAUUUUAUCGUCGCGCGUUGGACGAUUGUUGCCUGAAGGGAAAAGAAUAUACCUCCAUGCGAAGUGGCAAAGCAGAGCAGUAUUGGUUGGCCAGUCUAUGUUACCUACGAGUUGUUUAACGAGAGGACACCCGUUAGACUAAUUAAGCCGGCAGUCGCCACGUAUUUAGACGAAUCUUAUUUCAUAUGACGCUUUGUUUUGUACAGUUCGAGAUAUCUCAUUCGAUUAUUCUAUAAGCGAGGUGGGGAAAAGAGGUAAAACACGGCGGCAGUGAGUGUUCGUUGAGCGCCGUGUGAUAGUUGUACGCGAUUACUAAGUAUAGAUGUGUAGGUAGUGUCUUAAAUCUCUUAUAAAAGUCGUCAUUACAGGUUCAACGUUUUAAUCAAUAAUCGAUCGAUUUAAAAUGGAAAAAAAAAGAAAUAUUUACAGAAAUGGGUAAAAAAAAAAAUAUAUAUAUAUAUAAUAUAUAUACAUAUAUAUGUAUAUAUAUAUGAUUAUACUCUCGUACGUGAAGAACGUA